GGUGGGACUUUGGGUCCUCUUUGAUGCACGCGGAUCUCCCUCAUGUCGCCGUGGCCUCUCGCUCCUCCACUUCUCACUCUUUCCUCCGGUUUAACUUCUCUUCUGCUUUAAAUUCGCAAUGGACGUUGAUAAGAACACGGAGUCUGUCCCAGUCGCCGUCGCGGACACCCCCGUGGACCCGGAGGCUUUCAUCCAGGUGAAGAGAAGGACCCAGAAGAGAAAGCUCGAACAAGAUGGAGCGGACAUGGACACGGAGCAAUCGCUGGCCAGCAAGCGGCCGCAGUUCCCCCCGAUCUCCGGCGACAGACUCAAGGGACCGACUGAGAUGCGUAAGAUCGCGAUCCCCGCUCACAGAUACACGCCUCUGAAGGAGAACUGGCUGAAGAUCUACACCCCCAUCGUAGAGAACCUGCACCUCCAAGUCCGAUUCAACCUCAAAUCGAGGAACGUGGAAAUCAAAACGUGUAAAGACACACAGGACAUCGGCUCCCUCACGAAAGCAACGGAUUUCGUUAAAGCGUUUGUUCUCGGAUUCCAGGUUGAAGAUUCUCUCGCUCUCAUCAGAUUAGAUGAGCUUUUCCUAGAAAGCUUUGAUGUCACAGACGUGAAACCUCUGAAGGGAGAUCAUUUAUCCAGAGCCAUCGGCAGAAUCGCAGGAAAAGGAGGAAAAACCAAAUUCACCAUCGAGAACGUCACAAAGACUCGGAUCGUGCUGGCAGACACGAAAAUUCACUUAUUAGGAUCUUUCCAGAAUAUCAAGAUGGCCCGGACGGCCAUUUGUAACUUAAUCCUAGGAAGUCCACCUUCAAAGGUCUACGGUAACAUCAGAGUGGUGGCGAGCAGGAGUGCCGAGAGAUUCUGAUUGGUUGCCGUUUGUCAUCUCUUCCCCCCCAUUGGCUGGUGGAAUUCCCACUUGGAUCCAUGUUGUUAAGACUGUUGCCGACUCCUCAGGCUCCACUGACUGCCUCAUAAACAGCUGGUUAUUGGAUCAGAUUCCUAAUGAGGAAAAAGUUAUGCAACAACAGAAUGUUCAUGUAUCUGAUAGUUUGUGUAAAUAAAAAAAGUGAAACCUCUGAA